AUUCGGUGAUAUAGUGUAGUGAUGACUGUGAUCGAUAAUAUACCCUCUCUUAUCCUUCAAGGCACUGUGCGUAAUAAUGUGGCCAAUUUGAUCACUGUGCGCUAAAGCGCAUGUGCCAUGCUAUCCGCCGUCUUUCUCUUUUUUUGUGUUUGUGUGUGUGUGUGUGUGUCCUGUCAGAGAGAGUCAGAGACAGUGCUGUCAUUUCCUUGAUGCGCUCAUUGGUGUGUCCCUAUAACGUGUCACAACUUUUGGUGGAUUACCCCAGUUAUGUGAAGCAUCAUUAGUUGUUGAAGUACCACUCACGCUCUCUCAUCCUUGUCUUCGAGGUAACCACCUGCAGGAACAAGGUCCCUCUGACUAGAACAGUUCAGGAACUUGAUGAAUGCAAAUAGAUCAGCAUCCAAAGGAACUCGUGGAACAACAUUUUCAAACAUGCUCUGUUUAAUAUUAUCGGUUCUUACACUUGCGCCUGCCUCUAAAAUGCAUAGUAUCCAUGUGUCUAGAGAGCCCACCAACAUGCUAUUCUCUUCUUCCACAUUUCUAAUGUUUUCAUUGAUGACGUCUCUGCUGGUGAAGGGACUGGAGGCUGCGACCACCGCAGCUACAACGCCUGGUUGCGCGUCUUGUGGCAUUCCGCCGAUGGAGAAGGAUUCGGAGCAGAGGCUCCUGGUUGAGAUCGCCAAGCAACAGAUCUUGAACAAGCUGCACCUGAAAGAGAGACCGAACAUCACCUCGACUGUGCCCCGCGCUGCGCUUAUCACGGCUCUCCGCAAACUGCACGCGGGGCGAGUCAGACCGGACGGCACCAUUGAACUUGAAAUGAAGAUCAAUGAUACAAAAGAUCAGGGAUAUGAAAUGGUGAGCUUCGCAGAAAUUGAUGAGAUGGACACUACUGGUGCUCAGCCACGCCUCACCUUCCAGUUCCUGCAGGAGCAAGGCCACAGCAUUCAGGUGCUCCAGUCAGCCCUGUGGCUGUACGUCCGCUCCUCUGACGCCCCUAACUCGGGGCCCCGCCCCACCGUCACAGCCCACAUCUACCUCUCCGGGCCUGGGGAAAGCUGCUCUAACCGCACCCUCCUCCUAGAGAAGAUCCUGGAUGUGCAGAAGAGCAACUGGUACACCUUCCCCAUUACACACACCCUGCAAGCGUUCAUGGACGGGGGCCAGCGGCUGCUACAGCUGGAAGUCACCUGCACAGAGACUGGGGUAGCCGGGGAGAAUGGCGUUAGCCAGAACCUGUGUGAGCUGGGUAAGACCAUGGACAUGGCCCACCAGCCUUUCAUGGUGGCCCAGGUGCGGCUCCGCGAGGACCACAAACACGUCCUCCAGAAGAGGUCCCUGCAGUGCGGAGAUGAUGUUACAGUCUGCUGCAAGAAGGACUUCUACGUCAAGUUCAAGGAUAUCCAGUGGCAGGACUGGAUCAUAGCUCCAGAAGGGUACCACAUGAAUUACUGUAUGGGCCAGUGUCCCCAGGCCCUGGCUGGGUCUCCAGGCAUCGCGUCUUCCUUCCACGCUACAGUCUUCAGCCAGCUCAAAGCCAAUGGCAUCAACACAGCAGUGUCUUCCUGCUGUGUGCCCAUCCAGCGCAGGCCUCUGUCUAUGGUCUACUUCAACUCACAGCACAGCAUUGUCAAGACCGACGUCCCUGACAUGAUUGUAGAGUCCUGCGGCUGUACGUAAAGAAAGAGAAGAAAGAGAAAGACAAGACAUUCAGCUAGUUAUGCUUUUAGUCUGAGAAGACUAGAUUGAAUGUGUCACACAUGCACAGACAGAUGCAAACACAUACACAGACAGAUGCAAACACAUACACAGACAGAUGCAAACACAUGCACAGACAGAUGCAAACACAUGCACAGACAGAUGCAAACACAUGCACAGACAGAUGCAAAGACAUACAUGCAUACUUCACGAUCAUGCCGUAUAGAAUUUAAGAUGUUCCGUCUUCAUCAAUUCGAUAGAGGGUUUUUGAACGCCAAUUGGGAAUAGUACUGAGUGCUCAAAGGGUUUGUUUAGUCAAUUGGUCAUACACAGAUAGCACAUGACAGAAAGAGGAGAGAGAUUCAUAUAUCGCCUUCAUUCCUUUUUUUAUUUACUGUAAAACAAUGAGCUGUUAUUAUCGUAUUUCCUUUUAUACCUAGUUUUUUUGUUUUACUGGUGAGCGUGAGGUGAGCUAAGAAAGACACAGUAAGAUUUAUGCAGUCAGUGCCUGGACCUAAGGGAAAUGGAGUAGAGCUUACUCUUUUUCUUUGUUUCUAAAAAGAUGUGUGUUGCUUUGACAAGUUUCACACAUAUCCCACGUGCACAUCCGACUGAGAAUGCCCAUCGUAAAACAGUGAAAUUGUAUACACUAAUAUAAACCAAAAAAAAUCUUAAUUUGAAAGUUGUCUAAUUCCUUCGAGUCCAUUCCAAGUAUAGUUACAUACAUUGCAGAGCAUUUGGACUUCCCCACUGUUUUGUCGUUUAGAAGGCAAAUUGGGUGUUCUGAUUCUGAAUUCUAGACUUUCUUGAGAUCCCAUAGAGGAGCUACGUUCUCGAGACUCGUGCAAUCGCACUCAUGCAAUUCUGAUGCUUUAUACAACACAAGACAGCAGUGAAAGCUUUAAAAUAAAUCGGGAAUAGAUCUCACUCCUGGGAAACCACCCAGACAGGAGCAGAUAUCUGAGGUGGAUAGGUUAAAAAUGGUUUCAUCAGCAUAUGCACUGUAUUAUUUGCUCAGAUAGUCAGUUAGGCAACAGUCUGGCUUUGACGGCAUGAACUCACGGUUAUUAGUCAGCUGUACAAGCAAACAUUUAGCUAUUGCCACAGUGUCAGGCAACGUGAAGGUCCACGAAACACGCAGGUCAACAAGCAUGUGCAUGCUCCAAGGCACAUCGGAGUUUGCAUUUUCCAAAAUCUAAAGUUUAGGGCUGAUGUAAAUUAGAUGAAUCCAUUCAAGCAAAUAAAGUAUCUGUCUAUCUUUGUUUUCGUGCUAUAAUGUUUACACUAAAUGGGUAUAAUGUGUGUGUAUGAUAAGUUUAAAGCUGAAACCUCUUUGCUGCUUUCUUAAUGGUGUGCAUCUUGUGUGUGGUUGGCAGUAACAGUGUAUACUGUACUGUAGACUUUCCUACCCUACCCUGGACUAUGGCGCAAAAGUCCCCAUAUUGCAUUGCAGUAUGAUAUGCUAACAUUGCCCUCAGGAUCCUAUAGCAAACACUUCCUGGUUACCUGGCUCUUAGAACAUUAGAAUAAUAGAACAUUAUAUUGUUUUUCUGCAAGCACUUCCUGUCCUCCUGUCCUAGAGCUUAAUGUAUGUCACAUUGAGGAGCCAUCCUUCCAUAGGGAACAUGUACUGCAGUCUGGAAUGUACCAUGAUGAUAACUAAUACCGUUGAUUGUGAGACCAAAAAGUGAAAGUUUUUCCAAACAGAAAGCCUCACAUGACUUUCAUGAUUGGCAAUGAUUUCUUCAUGAGCACUUUAUCGGCUUACUGUAUAUUUAUGAGAUUCUGCAACGGGUUGUUCUCUACUGCCAUAUCCUAUUUUUGGUACUCAGUCACUGCAUGUUAAAAGCAAUGGCAAAAAUAUUGUUAUCAGGUCAUAUUCGUAAGCCCUUGCUUUAUGGACAGUAUGUGUGGCCCUUGAUAUAACUUCAUAUUGUAUCUGUUGUAAACAGAAUUUCUCUAUACUGUAACUGGAUAAUGACACCAGCAUUUUGAUUGAAUAUCAAUUCCAGUAGAUUCUAUUGUCUUUUUAUAUUACAUGAUAUGUUGAAUAAUUUGUAUUAAUAAAUGUUAUUUUUUUAUGUGUCUAUUGUACUGUAUUCCAUAAUUCUAUUGAAAAUGUAUUUUAAACAGAACAAAUAAAUAUUUUUGACUUGA